UAACUCUGAGCUGAACUGAAAGUAACAAUAAAUCCACCAGAGAGUAAACCGUCAUUUGAUGCUGAUCUCAGAUGUUCUGUAUUUAAUGCUUCAGUUCAUAGCAGCAUCUCACUUUUGCUUAGAGAUAGAUCAGAAGGAGACACACGUUGCUUCUACAUUGAUGUCAUGAUAAACCUUUUAUUUAAACCAUUUCAAGAGAAUAUUUUGUCUUUUUUUUAAAGACAAAAUUCUACUUUACAGUUCUAUUACAAUUCAAAUAGCAGCUGAACUGGUAUUUCUUUUUUUUUCCUGUACUAAAUGGCAAAUAACGUCUCCAUGGUUGGUGGUUCUGAGCAGCGACAGGCUGACUAUCGAGUCAUUAUUGUCCAGAUCUUGGUUAUUAUCUUUCUUUGGAUCAACAUGUUGCUUACUGUGACGUUUUUCAAAAAACAGUCUUUUCACACGAGUGCUCGCUACCUUUUAUUUGCUCUUGUGCUGUUGUCAGACAGCUUUUUGUUAGUUGUUACUGAUAUUCUGCUGGUAUUAUCUUUCUUCAGGGUGGUCAUGCAAGUUUGGUUGUGUAUAAUCGUGUCAAUAGUGGUGUUCUUGUACAAUAUGGUGACACCGAUUACUCUUGCAGCAAUGACCCUGGAGCGAUAUGUGGCAAUCUGCAUGCCCCUGCGUCAUGCAGAGCUGUGUUCCACUCGCAGCACGGUGCACUGCAUCCUCAUCAUUCAUGGAAUCAGCUCCAUUCCUUGCAUUGUCAUCCUCUCUGUGUUUUUUGCAUCAGUUUCUCUCGGUGUUUUUACACAAAACAUGGUGUGUUCAGUGGAAAUGUUCAUAUUAUAUACAUGGCACAGUGAUCUUAGGUCGGCUGUAAGUCAGUUUUUCUUUUUAAUUAUGUGCAUUGUCAUUAUUUUCUCCUAUUACAAAAUAAUGAAGGCAGCCAAAGCAGCAUCAGGAGAGAACAAAAAGUCAACUCAAAGAGGGCUCAGAACUGUAAGUCUUCAUGCUUUCCAGCUGUUGCUUUGUCUUAUCCAGCUGUGGUGUCCCUUCAUAGAAGCUGCAGUGCUCAACAUUAAUCUGAUCCUGUAUGUUAAUGUAAGAUAUUUCAAUUAUAUCAUGUUUUUUCUUGCUCCAAGAUGUCUGAGUUCCCUCAUUUAUGGCCUCAGGGAUGAAACAUUUUUUCUUGCACUGAAAAGCUCUUUCCGUUUUGGAUUGCAGAAGUCAAGUAAAAAAUAACUGGUUUUGCAAAAAAAAAAAAAAAAAAAAAAAAAAAAAAUUCAACUGUGAAGAAGUCACAUUUAAAGCAAAGAGAGAAUCAUUUUUUGCACCACGUGCAUUUCAGCAUCAUCCUGUCAUAGACUAAAUUUCUCCCUCAAGUAUAUUCAGAUAUAUUCACUUAACAUUAUGAAAACAAUUAUCUGUAUGUCAUCAGUAAUCUGCAAAUAAUGAA